AUGUCGGCGUGCGCCGUCGACGACCGCGCGCUCGCGCGAGACGACGACGUCGCGCGCGACGAACCGAUCGCGACGACGACGCCGAUCGCCGCGCUCGAGGAAUCUGGGAUCGCGGCGUCCGACGUGAGCAAGCUGCGCGACGCGGGCGUGCACACGGUGGAGGGACUCGCGGCGGCGUCGAGGAAGCACCUGCAAUCGAUCAAGGGGCUGUCGGAACAGAAGGUGGAGAAGCUGAAGCAAGCGGCGAACGCGAUCGUGCCCGCGGGAUUCACGACGGCGAAGAUGAUCGAUCAGCAGCGUCAGGAUACGAUAUAUAUCACGACGGGUUCGGCCAAGGUGGACGAAUUGUUGCAGGGGGGGAUCGAAAGCGGGAGCGUGACGGAGAUUUACGGCGAGUUCAGGACGGGGAAGACGCAGUUGAUGCACACGCUCGCGGUGACGAGCCAGAUGCCGAUCGAGCACGGUGGUGGCGAGGGUAAGUGUCUGUACAUCGAUACCGAAGGCACGUUCCGUCCGCAGCGGUUGAUUCAGAUCGCCGAGAGAUUCAACAUGGAUCCCUCGGCGGUGCUGGAUAACGUGGCGUACGCCAAGGCGCACAACGUCGAACAUCAGAGCGAACUUUUGCUCGCCGCCGCAGGAAUGAUGGCGGAGACGCGAUUCUCGCUCAUGAUUAUCGACUCCGUCACCAAUCUCUACCGCACCGAAUACGAAGGUCGCGGUGAACUGAGCGCGCGUCAGAUGCACCUCGGGAAAUUUUUGCGCCAACUCGCCCGUCUCGCGGAUGAGUUCGGCGUCGCCGUCAUCGUAUCGAACCAAGUCGUCGCUAACCCUGAAGGCGGACCAUUCGCGGGAGCGAAUGCGCUCAAACCCAUCGGCGGGAACAUCAUGGCGCACGCGAGCACGACGCGAUUAGCCCUUCGCAAGGGGCGCGGAGAGAACAGAGUGAUGAAAGUCGUGUGUUCUCCCGUGCUGCCGGAAUCGGAGGCGCAAUUUUCCAUCAGCGAGUUUGGUAUCGAAGACGCCAAGGAUUAA